UAAUCACAUUCUCAAAUUCAACACAAACAUAAAAAAAUUAAAAUGGCUUCACGCUAUGAAGCUGAAGUGAAACUUUCAUCAGCUUACAAUCUCAAAAACGUGAACUGGCGUAACGGCUCAAACAAACCAUAUGGCGUCGUAUGGAUUGAUCCAAAGAACAAAUUCUCAACCAAAGUUGAUGAAAAUGGAGACACAGAAGCAAAUUGGGACCAAACUCUCAUAAUCCCUUUACCACCUCAACCUAUUGAAGAUCUUACUCUUUACAUCGACAUCGUUCAUGCCGGCUCGGAGCCAGACACCAAGCCACUCAUCGGCUCAGCUCGGCUUAAAUUAGUUGAAGUUCUAGAUGAUGUUGGGAUCGGCGAGCGUGCCAGCCGAUCCCUAACGUUGAAAAGACCAUCAGGAAGACCACAUGGGAAAGUUGAUGUUAAAGUAAUAAUUAGAGAGCCAGGCUAUCGUGGGUCGGGUGAGUACUACGCUCCUCCUUAUGGUGUUCCUCCACCUCAGGCGUCGUCGAGGGAUUAUAAUUAUAAUCCCUCUGCUCCUGGAUAUGGAAACCCUUAUGGUGCACCGCCGCAGAAUUAUGGUUAUUCUGCAGCGCCACCUGGAGGGUAUCCUUAUAAUGCAGGGCCUCAAACUGCGCCACCUGGUGGUUAUCCUUAUAAUGCGGGGCCUCAGACUACUGGGUAUGAGCCAGGGUACGGGUCGUCAUAUGGACAAGGGAGUAGUUAUGGGUAUGGACAAGUGGAGGAAAAGAAGAAAAGUAAGUUUGGUGGGAUGGGGACAGGAUUGGCUGUGGGUGCAGUUGCUGGGGUGUUAGGUGGAGUUGCACUUGUGGAAGGUGCUGAGUAUCUUGAGGAUAAGAUUGCUGAUGAUGCAGCUGAUAAAGUUGAAGAUGAUCUUGGUUAUGAUGAUGAUGAUGGUGGUUAUGAUGGUGAUGAUUUCUAGAGAAUGAAAAGUUUGGAGAUAAGUGUUUUUCUGCCAAUAAAGGAAAAGAUGAAAAAGAGAUUAUACUUUGAACAUUAAUUAAAUUGUGUGUGAAAUUUGCAUAUGUUGUCUGAUUUCUCUAAUUAAACCUUGCAUUUGUUGGAUUUUCUGUCAUUUUUGUAGUUUAUCUUUUCACAAAUUUUUUAUAUGCGAAAAAGUUAUAUGAAGAUCAAAUUCACGUCAUUUUCAA